AACGAGUAAUAAAUAAAUAAAAUAAUAAAUAAAUGACAAGGCGGCUGAAACAAAGAGAUAUCAGACACAGGCAGAUGCAAACUGAAGUCAGCCAUUGCUUUCUUUGAGAUUUUUCUCCUGACUUUUUUGGAGAAUCACACUAUAUUGCGUCCUAAGACGUGCCAGAAAAAGAAUUUCACUCACUAAUUACAAAUGUAGUGGAAGCCACUCAUUUUGUGGACCUAUACCGAGACAGUGGUUUGGCAGGAAUUAGAUUUCUCUCACUCUCUCCUCCAACGAGUUCAUAAACGGCUCUUUGCCACUUUUUUUUUUUUAUUUCGCUUGUAAAACUGUGGUUCGCGUCCCCAGUUUUUUUUUAAAAACAUAUGUACAUAUCUGCUACAUUCAGCUCCAUCUGGCAACAGUCCUGUGGGCCUUCUAUCGCGUUUCUGAAGACAAAAGAAUGAUUUGAUUUAUUUCCCAUACUGGGUAAAUACAGUCUAACCAUGUGGUCCACAGUGUAACCAAUGGGCAGCCGAGGAGAAGGUAAGGGCAGGAAAAAAAUUACUACCAUUUUAGGGGAGGAUGUAAGCCACUAUACCAGCCCAUCUAACGUUUUACAGUCGCACUUAAGUGUCUUUUUAUUGAAAUAAUAAAAUAAACAUGUCGCUAACGAAUUAUUAUUCCAUGAUGGGGCUUCAGACCGAGGAGCCGUACGGUGCACAUUUCAUCCCGGGAAGCUUGCAGGGUUCGACGGCUGGCUGCGCAAAGUCAGCCCGGGGAACGGAGGAGGAGGAGGAGGGGACCCCCGGCUCACACAUUCCGGAUUUUUCACAUUUUUCCAACAAACAAACCAGUUUAAAUGGCUUUUCCCCUUGGACAAACACAUCGACUUCCUCUUCAUCUCCUUCCCCACAGCUGCAGUCCGCCCCCGGCGCCUCCAUCCCGGGUCUUUUUCAUCCGCAUCACCUCCUCAGCCAUCACCACCCCUACUACGGCGCACAGACGCAGAGCCACGCCGCCGAACACCUCGCAUCCUCGGCAGCUCCGGAGAGCAGGUUCGUCCGCUGCUGGGAGGGAGUGACUCCCAGCACGGACGCCGCUCUGUCACAAACACCGACCACUUUCCCCGGGUGUCUGUCCGCUCAGGGUGACCUCUCCACUCCGAGCUCCAGGUACGAGGCGGUCAAACCCGAGAACUCACCGCCGCCACACGACAGCCCCGGGGAUCCCAGCUUCGCCAGCCCGGCUGAGGUGGUCCUCGAGCGGCUCGGAACCGUGGAAGAGCUGGGGAGGAAGACCGAGCCCAAGAAAGAGGACGAGGACAGGAAAACACAGCAGCAGUUUGACCCGGAAAAUCCAUCAGCCAGCUGGAUCCAUGCCAAGUCAACCCGGAAGAAGAGGUGUCCAUACACCAAACACCAGACCCUGGAGCUGGAGAAGGAGUUCCUCUACAACAUGUAUCUGACCAGGGACCGGCGCCUGGAGGUGGCAGGACUCUUAAAUCUAACAGAGAGACAGGUCAAAAUCUGGUUCCAGAACAGACGGAUGAAGAUGAAGAAGCUGAUGAUCAGGGAGAGGAGGAGUAUGAAUGAAUGAUGGACUGAGAGGGAGGCUGGGGUUCUUUCUUCACCCCAGGAUAGGCGAGGAGGUGGUGAGGUUCUAGUUGAUAAGAGAGACGCUGUGCUCCAAGAUUCCUAACAUCUCUAACAUCAACUGGCAUGAUCAGUGAGGCCAACAUGGCUGCCUUGGAAAAAAACUGCAGAGGCGAAAUUCUGUAGGGAAGACCGAGAUGUGUUGUAACACUUCCAGAAAAAAAAAAAAA